AUGUUGGUCUUGCAGUCUAUCUGGGUUUCUGGUUGGGGAUCACAAAAGGAACUGGAUGAAACCAAGUUCAAUUUUGCUGGUGCUGAGGGCGGCCACGUGAGUUUCUUAAAUGUCUACAAAGGAUUUCUUCAGUUUGGUAAAUCUUCGCAGUGGUGUCAUAAGAACUUUGUAAACUACCAAGUCAUGGUGUGUAUCAGUAAUUAG